AUGCUCGUCUCGAAUAGCGAGUUCAUCCAGAAGCUCGAGGCGCUCUUCACGAGUUCGAGCGAAAAGCACUCGAUCUACGUAACAUCGAAGCGGGCACCGCCAAAGGCGUUGUCGUCCUCCAGCCCCACCGCAUCUCAAUCGGACAGCAGCGGUGGUGCGCAGCACGGCUUCUCGCUGCCUCUGCUGUUCAAGGCGACGAACGGGGCGAGCGGCACGUCGCGCAUCAAGUUCCGCACGCUCGUUUCCGCAGCAGACCUGCCGAGCUUCCAGGCAUCCUACCUCUCCUCUCUGCGCUCCUCGCUGUCGGCCUCGCUGAAAAAGAGGGACAAGGCAAAGGAGAGGAGGGCGGAAAAGGUUCGCGACGCCGCGCGCAAACGCGUCACCGCCCCCGACGCACAGACGGGCAAAGAGAGGCUCGUCACCAACCACGUCGGCUCCAAGAGGGGCGCCGGAAGGAGGAAGAGGCAGCGGGCGCUCAAAAAGGGCGUCGAGAUCCGAAAGGAGGCGAGAAAGGAGGCAAAGCGCAAGGCGAGAUCCUCACGCAAACCCGUCGGCGCCGGCGCCGGUGCCGCCCGUGGGGAUGGGGAUGUCGUCAUGGCGGAUGCGUAG